ACCAAAGCCACAAUUUUUUCACGGUCUUUGCUUUUUAGUAAAGCUAAUGCUUACGACUCUAUCAAACUUCACUUUUCCUCAGACCGAAUCUUCUUCUUCCUUCUCUAUAUCCGACGACCUUCUCAUCAUCGAUUUCAACGCAAACAUUUGUCUGAUUUCUCAAUCGGAUUUAGAUUUUGUGAAGAUUCAAGAACAGAUCUACUCGAUGACAAGGGUUACACGCGAUUUCCGGGAUUCAUUGCAGAGAGAUGGUGUUCCUGCAGUAUCAGCAGAUGUGAAAUUUGCUUCAAGUAGAUUUCCUAAUUAUAGAAUUGGAGCUAAUGAUCAGAUAUUUGAUGUUAAAGAUGACCCUAAAGUGAUGUCGAUGAAAGAGGUUGUUGCGCGUGAGACAGCGCAGCUUAUGGACCAGCAAAAACGUUUGUCUGUUCGUGACCUCGCUAAUAAAUUUGAGAAGGGAUUGGCUGCAGCUGCUAAGCUAUCUGAGGAGGCAAAACUUAAAGAAGCAACUUCCUUGGAGAAACAUGUUCUUUUAAAGAAACUUCGAGAUGCAUUGGAGUCUCUAAGAGGACGUGUGGCCGGUAGAAACAAGGAUGAUGUAGAGGAAGCCAUUGCCAUGGUUGAAGCUCUGGCUGUUCAGUUGACUCAGCGAGAAGGAGAGCUGUUCAUAGAAAAAGCGGAAGUGAAGAAGCUAGCGUCUUUUUUAAAGCAGGCCUCAGAGGAUGCUAAGAAACUUGUCGACGAGGAGAGAGCUUUUGCACGUGCUGAGAUUGAAAGUGCCAGAGCAGCUGUACAAAGAGUGGAAGAAGCCCUGCGAGAACAUGAACAGAUGUCUCGGGCCUCUGGGAAACAGGACAUGGAAGACUUAAUGAAGGAAGUUCAAGAAGCUAGGCGGAUUAAAAUGCUGCAUCAGCCAAGCAGGGUCAUGGACAUGGAAUAUGAGCUUCGAGCACUGAGGAAUCAGCUUGCAGAGAAAUCUAAACAUUUUCUUCAGCUACAAAAGAAGCUCGCAAUGUGCAGAAAGAGCGAGGAAAAUAUAUCCCUUAUAUAUGAAAUAGAUGGCACUGAAGCUCUAGGUUCUUGUUUGCGAGUUAGACCUUGCUCCAAUGAUGCUCCUGAUCUUUCCAAGUGUACAAUGCAAUGGUACCGUUCAUCUUCAGAUGGCAGCAAGAAGGAGCUUAUAUCAGGUGCCACAAAAUCAGUUUACGCUCCCGAGCCAUUUGAUGUUGGACGAGUCUUACACGCAGAUAUCACUUACGAUGGCCGUUUGCUUUCAUUAUCCACUGUUGGAAAGAUUGAUCCAGCUGCUGGAUUGGGUAGCUACGUGGAGGCAUUAGUACGGAAACACGAUGUUGAUUUCAAUGUAGUUGUGACCCAAAUGAGUGGAGAAGACCAUACAUCAGAAUCUAUCCACCUGUUUCACGUUGGUAAAAUGAGGAUAAAACUUUGCAAGGGAAAGACAGUCAUUGCAAAAGAGUACUACUCUAGUGCGAUGCAGCUAUGUGGAGUGAGAGGAGGUGGAAAUGCUGCAGCUCAGGCAUUGUAUUGGCAGGCAAAGAAAGGAGUAUCCUUUGUGAUAGCUUUCGAGUCUGAGAGAGAAAGAAACGCUGCGAUCAUGCUUGCACGAAGAUUCGCUUGUGAUUGUAAUGUGACGCUUGCUGGUCCAGACGACAGAACAGAGACGGGUCAAAGCCCUUGAAGAAUGGCUCUUAACUAAGUUGUGAUUUUUAGUAUCCGUAAGAGCUUUUUUUUUGUUUUGUAGUUUAUAUAAUAGGUUUUAGGCAUUUGUUUGAAUUGUACUUCUGUUUGUGUGUAAAAAUAUGGAAUCAGUAAGAGGUGAUGGUGAAUCUAUAUGUAACGGGUGGCUUGUGUUUAUUCAUUUGUUUUGAUCUUACUUGCCCUGGCUUGAGGAGUAUAACGGAUGGCUUCUUGUGGAUUGAUGCAAGUGAUACAUCAAUAAAGCAAACUCUCUAGA